AUGAUCGGUUAUGGGAUAUACUGCAUGCUCUACAACCCCGCCAUAAAGUAAUUUGUCAUAUCUUCACUCGAGUCGUUUUAGCCUCCCUUUCUGGGACAAGGAACCGAGGUAUCAUUCUUACGCACGAGCCGAAUACACAAGUGUAAGCCAUUUCCUUUUUUCGUCUUCGAAACACACGUUUCAGAAAUUGCCGCCGACUUCUGACCAUCGGGACAUCCCUGUUAUAAUGUUCGCUGACGGAUCUUUGGAUUUUGUCAACGGAGAAACAGUGGAGCCGCCCACAAAGGAAAAUUAA